CUAUCACAUCGAGAUUCGGAAGAUACGUACCUUCUUCCAGCAACGUGUUGCGCACGCACCCAUACCGCGCCAUCCCAAAGUUCCUCAACGUCACUUGCUCUAACUGUACUUAUUACCUUGCUCUAUUUCAUUUGAGUCGGCAUUGAGAAUAGCAAUUAUCUCCCACAUUCCUUGGCCCCCUCUAUUGCCGGCAACAAUAGAAGAAGGCUUCCCGCCUGCGAGCUAUGACAACGUCGCCCCCGAGCAACGGCGUCACAAACUCCCCACGUCGCCCUUCAGCUGCUUCAAGAGCCACCGCGCCCUCGGUUAUGACAAUGAAUGGCCACUUUGCUGCGGUCGGCGAUGCGCCGACUAAGGAGCAGUAUGAGCAUGGCAUACAGGUUAUAGACGAUGAGAAGGAGUACAAUCCGAAUCUCAAUACCUUUCUCCAGCAGACCGGCACGGCGCAAGCUGGCUUCAAUUACCACCUUAUUUCCGUGUUUGGCUCCCAGUCGACGGGAAAGUCGACGCUGCUGAACUACCUGUUUGGAACGGCCUUUGGUGUCAUGUCGGAGAGCGAGCGCAGACAGACUACGAAGGGAAUAUGGAUGUCCAAGAACAAGCGCGAGUCAGACGAUAGAGGAGCGCAUAAGAUGGCUGAGAAUAUCUUGGUCAUGGAUGUGGAGGGCACUGAUGGUCGAGAGAGGGGGGAGGACCAGGACUUCGAGAGGAAGAGCGCAUUAUUCGCCCUGGCGACUAGCGAAGUCCUCAUAAUCAACAUUUGGGAGCAUCAGGUUGGGCUAUACCAGGGCGCGAAUAUGGGACUCUUGAAGACGGUGUUUGAAGUCAACCUACAGUUGUUUUUGAAGGAUAAGCAGGCCAACCCCCGCUCACUCCUGUUCUUCGUUAUUCGUGACCAUAUCGGGACAACCCCGCUCUCAAAUUUACAACAAACGCUUAUUCAGGAUCUCACCAAAAUAUGGUCGUCUCUCUCGAAGCCUAAGGGACUCGAAAAAUCACGUAUAGAGGACUACUUCGACUUCGCAUUUGCAGCGCUACCCCACAAGAUCCUGCAGCCAGAGAAGUUUGAGGAAGAGGUACUCAAGUUGGGAACGAGAUUCAGAGCAGGUCACCGCGUCUCGAAGCCUGAUGAUACACACACAGACCAGGAACUUGAAGGCGGCGUCUUCCUCCCAGAAUACCACAGGCGCAUUCCCGCGGACGGCUUCUCAGUAUAUGCUGCAGGCGUAUGGGAGCAGAUCGUGCAUAACAAAGACCUUGAUCUCCCAACACAGCAAGAGCUCCUCGCACAGUUCCGUUGCGACGAGAUUGCGCGGGAAGUUCUUGUAGCCUUUGACGAGACCAUCGCUCCCCUGGAAGAGAAGCAGGCGGAAGGCACUAGGCUUGGUAACCUUAUCGUUAUUGCUGAGCUUGGAAUAAGUGGUCUUAAGGCAAGAUCUGCUGCCGUUAAGGCGUUCGAAGCAGAGGCAAGCCGUUACCACAAGGGAGUCUACUCACGCAAGCGUGUGGAACUCGAAUCUAAAAUCGAUACUCGCCUGAAGGCCUUGUACCAUGGCCAACUCUCCGCCGUGCACAAGGCGGGCGUCAAGUCAUUCAGCGACGCCGUCGGAAAUGCCGUUAAAAUUGGACAGAAGAAGGGCGCUUCAUAUGAGUUUGCGGAGAUCGUGGAGAAGGAGAAGACUAAGGCAUUGGAGACCUUUGAGUGCGAAGCGAAAAGCCUUGCCGUCCCAGGCGUUCCAUGGGCAAACUUCAAGCAGCAGUACAAGCUUUUCGAAAAGGAGCUUGAUGAAGUCAGCGCGCGCUUAAGGCGAGAGGAAAUGCGCCGACUGGCGACCCGGAUCGAACGCUGGGUUAAGUCUCGCCUCGGGGAAUCCGUAGGCUUGGAAUUCAACAAGCUCGGAUCGGGUCGUGGGGGUUCUGGUGCGCCCGAGGAGGGAACCAAGCCGACCGAGAAGGACCUCUGGGACCGGAUAUGGACACUCUUCACUUCCACAGUCAAGGAAGCCGAGACACGAUUCCUCGACCGCGCACAAAGCUUUGACGCAAGCGAGUCCGAGAAGGAGGUCGGCUUGUGGCGUCUGAGGAGAAAAUCGUGGGCUGUGCUGCGAGUACGAAUCGAUGAAGAGGUGAUGGAAGGUAAUAUUCUGCUUAAACUGAGAGAAAACUUCGAGGACAAGUUCCGCUACGAUGACGCUGGUGUGCCGAGGAUAUGGAGGCCAACAGAUGAUAUUGAGGGUAUCUACACCAAGGCACGUGAAUCUACGCUAGCCCUCAUUCCGUUAUUGUCGAGAUUCAGACUUGCGGAGAGCUAUGCGCCGCCGCCGCUACCGGACUGGAUCGGGCAUGCGCCUGAUGCUGUUGUACCGGAUGACGAGGAGGAUUUAACCCCUAUAGGCGGCGUGGACGAGGAAGAAGGAAAGAGCUUGGAGGAGGAGAUGACUGUGCUCAGCGAGGCGAAGCGACAGGAUCUAGUUGUGAGAUUCAAAAAGAUGGCAGACGGUGUCUACGUCGAGGCAAAGCGCAGUGCAAUCGGCGGCGUGACACAAGUCCCGCUGUACUUCUGGGCCUUAAUGGUUGCUCUUGGGUGGAAUGAGAUUGUGGCUGUCAUCCGCAAUCCGAUCUACUUCAUCUUCCUCAUUCUCGCCGGCAUCGGCGCCUACGUGACAUACACGCUCAACCUCUGGGGUCCGAUCAUCAAGAUGUCCAAUGCGGCAGCGCAGCAGGCGUUGGACAUUGGCAAGGAGCGCCUGCGCGAUUUCCUGGAGUCGAAUGAUGCGGGGAGGCAGGCGCUGAAUAUGGCGUCGGCGAAGGAGGAUAGUGAUAAUAUUAGCAUGCAGUCUUUGGAUAGCAGGGGGAGGAGGAAGGCGAGGAUGGCGAGGGGGAAGGGGGAGGAUGAUAGUGAGGAGGAGAGGGACUUGUAA